AUGGCCUGCCGUGGAGGUCCACACGGCUCGCAGCCGGCGGCAGCAGCAACAUUUGCAGCAACAGCGGCAGCAACAGCUGCAGCAGCAGCAGCAGUACUCGUAGCAGAAACAGCAGCAGAAGCAGCGACAAAGGCAGCAGCAGCAGCAGCAGCACAGCAAAAUGCAGAGGCCACAGCGAAGGCAGUUCCAGUAACAAUGUCAAGGCCACAGGAUUCGGCGCAGCAGCAGCUGCAGCCAGAGGUGCAGCAGCAGCAGCAGCAGCAGCAGCAGCAGCAGGAGGUUUGCUGCUCGCGGUUUGAGCCCGUGACAGUUUUGGGUAGGGAAGGGGUUAUUGUGCUGACUGCUAAGCGGCUGCUUUUCGCUGCGCGCAGCAGCAGCAGCAGCAGCAACAACAACAACAGCAGCAGCAGCAGCAGCAGCAGCAGCGAGGCUGCAGACAGCAGCAGCGGCUGGGAAGUGCUGCUGCAGUUUGCCCUUAUAUCCUGGACUUCAACAGAGCGCUCAAAGAAGGCAGCAAAGGCGCGCAUGUCGUACGUGGCCCCGACAGCAGCAGCAGGAGCAGCAGCAGGAGCAGCAGCAGGAGCAGCAGCAGCAGCAGCAGCAGAAGGGGGUUUGUCUACGCACUCUGUGGUUGUUGACUUUAUGGGGCUGAGAGACAAAAUGGAUUUAUGCUGCCGCUCUCUUCAGUCUCUCGCAUCAGCUGCGCGUACACUCCACUACAGCAACAGCAUCGUGUGUCCGCUCGAGGUGCCGCUGCUGUUGCAGCUGCUGCAGCUGCCUCCCGGCACUCCGCUGCGCGUUGCGCCGGCCCUGGUGCAGCAGCAGGAGCUGAUCAAGCAGCAGCUGCAGCAACAGCAGCAAGAGCAGCAGCAGCAGGAGCAGCUGCAGCAGGAGCAGCUACAGCAGGCAAGAAGGGAUGCAGCAGCAAACGGGACGGAUGCAACAGCGGCUGGAGCUGCUGCUAAGCAGCAGCAGCUCAGGCAGCAGCAGCCAGACGGUGCCGCGCAGCGUGCUGCUCGCCAAAAGGCAGCAGCAGCAACUGAAACACCAGCAGCAGCAGCAGCAGCAGCAGCAGGGAAGCCGAGCCCCGCUGCAGCUCCUCCUGUGGAGGUUCCCAACCUGGAGAAGCUGCUGCAGCAGCAGCGGCAGCAAGAGGCCGAGCAGCUGCAGCAGUUUCAGCAGCAGCUGCUGCAGCAGGACCCUGAGCUGCUGUCGCUCUAUCAAACCCUUGUCGGCCCCCCUGAAGCCCCGCCAGGCAGCAGCAGCAGCAGCAGCAGCAGCAGCAGCAGCAAAGGCCUUUCACCCGCUGAGUUUUGGAAGCUGCAUCAGCAGCAGCUGCAGGCACUCAAACCACAACCCACCCCUGAGGGUGUGAGCGCGUGCUUCCUGUCUCGGCCUCCUCUCUUUCACCAGCUGUCUAGACAGCAGGGCGCCGCAGCUUUGGGUGAAUUGGCGGUCGACUGCAGCCAGCAGAUGCUGCAGCAAAUCAUCAACGAAAACCCAGCAGUGCAACGUGCAUAUGCUGCUCUUGUAGAUACAGGGCGCAUGUCGGCGGAGAGGUUUUGGAGUCGUUUGUUCGCGUCUGCAUAUUUCCAGUCGGGGAUUGGACUCACCGAGGGCCAGGGGGACAACGAAAACAUGGAGGCCUCACUCUUCAUCGCCCCCUUCAUCAAAGAAAAGCCGAUGAGCUCUCACGAGGCGCUGUGUUUGCCCGGGGUGGAGCGGAGUUUGCUGUCGGAUGCGGAUCUGCGGGUGCGGGGCUUCGGGCUGCCUGACGGCUUGUCUUCGUUGGCUGGGGACCUAGCUGAGAAGCCCCCCCCUGCUGCUGCUGCUGCUGCUGCUGCUGCUGCUGCUGCUGCUGGGGCUGUUACUGCCGCGGAGGCUGAGGCGGAAGCAGCUGUAGCAGCCAGCAGCACCAGCAGUCUCGUCGGGCGCUUCAAUAGACACUCGCAGCGACUCCUGCUGCAGCAGCUGCUGCAGCCUGCUGCUGCAGCAGUAGCCAUCAAUGAUGAGGCGGGGGUGGAGGAGAAACUGCUGCUGCUGCUGCAGCAGGAAGGCCACCAAAGAAAACGACGCAGUGUACGGACAGAUGCUCCUGCUGCAGUCCUCCCAGCAGAUGUGAAAGAUGCAGCAGCGAUUGGAUGCGGGGUUUUGGAGGAGGAAGCGCCGCUGCUGGAGUCAUUGCGCCUCGAGGAGCUCGAGGAAGCUGCCCCGGCGAAGUACCAGACGCUGGAGGCUCAGAUGCAGCAGCAGCAGCAACAGAAGCAGCAGCAACAACAGCAACAACAGCAGCAGCAGCAACAGAAACAGCAGCAGCAGCCGAAGAAGCAGAGCGCAGGCAAGAAGCAGCAGAAGCUGAGGCAGCUGAGGCCUGGCUAUGGAUGCAGCAGCAGCGAGCUGCAGCGCGAAAUAAAGGGGCACCUCAAUCUGCUGAGGACGUGA